AUGCUUACUAAUCAAACAGAAGCUUCGUUGCUAUCCCCGGACAAUUGCAAGUCGUCCACCAGAAUCAGAGCUUUCUUACGGCUUUCAAGACUCGCCACUGACGAUACCAUAAGACAACAUCUUAAUGAAAUACAACCUUCAGCUUGUAAUGAGUACUUUCAAACUGUCAUAGUACCUGCUUGGAAGGAAAGAAGCCAUGCCAUUGAAUACUGCUCCGAUUAUGCUCUGUUCCUCAGACAGACGUCAGACAGUUCAAAGCUUGAAGGAGACAACAACGGGCAUAGAACAGAAUCAGACUUUGACUUACGUACUGAUCCCUAUGCUCUUAAAAACUAUAACGAGCAAUUGCAGUCACAGUAUUCCCAAUGUGAUCAGAUAGACAAUUGGGUGCUUAAUGAAAGAAACAUUGAGACCAUCAUCAGAGGUCUGACGGAAGAGAUCUUGAACCAGAAGUGCUACUACGGCCAUUGGAUUGAAGAGUUUAAAAAGAGUCUCCAACAGUAG